UGUUAAAAAGUUCCUCUCAAAUAUUAUUACGUAGAGUGUUUAAAGAAAUGCAUUACGUAUUCAGAUAAGAGUGGUCGCGGUAAUGUUUAUCUGAGAUUAAAUAAUUAUAUUUUUGGUAUUGAUGGAGCUAAAUGUUUUUAUUUUCAUAUUUUGGUGUGAUUGUUGAAAUAGAAUAAGACCCUGUUUGAACAAAAGCAUCUUAUAUUAGCCAUGUGUCAGAGGCUGUUCAAGAACUGCACAUUAAGAGUACUUGGUGUGGAGUGCAGUAGGUAAUUUGGGGUGGAGUAUUUGGUAUAGAGUGGAGUGCUUGGUGUGGAGUGGAGUAGGUAAUUUGGGGUGGAGUAUUUGGUAUAGAGUGGAGUGCUUGGUGUGGAGUGGAGUAGGUAAUUUGGGGUGGAGUAUUUGGUAUAGAGUGGAGUGCUUGGUGUGGAGUGGAGUAGGUACAGUGGAAUGGAGUACGCAGUGAAAGGAAAAGUGGAGUGGAUUACGCAGUGUGGAGGGGAGUGGAGUACGUAAUGUGGAGAGGAGUGGAGUGGCUAGCUCAGUGUGGAGUGGCGGGCGUCCCUUAGGCUGCAGGGCCCGGCGUGCACGGCGAGAGUGGAAGGGCUGAGGCCGGGCGUGCGGAGGAGUGAGUGCGGGCGCGGGGACGGCGUGCGGGCGAGUGCGGCCGUGUUGCGGGGAAGCUCAGGGGGCCGAACACACACACACACACACACACACUCGCACACACACGGCCGCGCUAGUGGUGGUGCUGGUGGUAGAGGCAGUCGUGGUAGCCGUGUGGCACUGGCUGGCGGCACUGGGAGCGGCCAGACAGUCGUGGCACCCAGUGUUGACCCGUCGCGAGCACCGCCCCGCUCCUCGCUGUCACCCGUUCGUGGUUCUCGCCCGCAGCGCCUUCGUCGGGAGGCUCUCUGGCUGACGAGGCCCCGUCCUCGGAUAAGACGCCUUGUUGCUUUAAACGUGCGUUGCCUUUCAGCUUGUAGAAGUGAUUGACAGGAGAGAGAACUCUUUAGACGCGUUUGCUCAGAGGCCGCGGGGAAGCGCGCCAGCCUCGUGGCGAGGGCGGCGCCGAGAGCCCGGCGAGCGGCCGUCUCGAGCGCCGGCGCCUCGGCCUCGCGCUGGAGCGGCACCAUGCGAGCGUCGGAGGACAACGCGGACGAUGAGUUCGUGUUCGUGGCCAACAAGGUCGUGACGGGGUCGGAGUGCCCCCCCGUAGACGCGGCCGGCGCCCGUGGCCCUCGCACCCUGCCGCGCCUCAACCACCUGCAGCCCAUCCCCACCACGCUGGACCUGCAGCCGGCGCCCAAGCCGUGGCGCGCCGUGCACCCGCCCACCACCACCACCGCCCGCUCCAAGGCCACGCCCCUCCCGCCCGAGCUGAUCGAGCUGCUGCCGCCGCACCUCCGCGAGAAUACGGUGCCGGACUUCAGCAGUUCCAGCCCGCCCCCCGCCGACGAGGCCGCGCCGGAGCGGCCGCCCCUCCCCUCCAAGUACUGCUCGGGCGACUACUACAACCUCGACGACGCCCCUCCGCCGGCGCCCGCCUCGCAGCUCGCCAAUUACGGCCAGCUGUCGGAUCUCAUUCCCUCAAGUGCUCUUAACGGCAUCACCGCCACCCAGACCCACGCCCACGGCGGCAGGGCGGCCUCGCUCACCAGCUCUCGCCCGCAGGCCCACGCCGGCGGCGCACAGGCCGCGUCCCACACGGCCCCCGCCGCCCUCGCCCUCACCGACUCCGGCAUCAGCAGCGGAGGCAGCAGCAACAGCAGCAGCUGCAGCAGCGUCAGCAGUCGGAGCAGCAGCAGCAAGAGCCUCCCGAGGGAGGGCUCGCGCACGUCGCUCUCAGGGCGCCCCCUGCACCCGCCCUCGCCCAAGUUCGCCCGCGCGACGCCCUCGCCGGCCGCGCCCGCGCCGGCCUCCGCGCCCGCCGAGCCGCUCCUGACGCGGGUUUCGUACACGGCGGUGCUGACGAGCGACGGGGAGCGCGCCUCCAUGGUCCGCCGCCUAGAGGCUCUCACGCCCACGCCCUCGCCGCUACUGAACACGUUCCGGGCAGCCCACACCCACUCGGAGCACCUCCCGCCCGAGGCGCGCCCACACACGCGCCACGUGGCCACCGCCCACUCCACUCUCAACUCGAUGGGCCAGACGAAGUCGACGUCCUCGACGUCAGUGACGACCCACGCGCCCACGCCCUCCUCCACCCCUGCCCACACGCCCUCCCACACGCCCUCCCACACCCCCACCCACACGCCCACCCACACCCCGACCCAGCGACGGAAAGUGAGGAGCGGCGGGGAAAACGCGCAGAGUGUGGGCUGCCAGGGCCGGGCCGGGCCCGCCGUGCCCUCCUCGGCCGUCCUGGUCGCUCGGCAGGUCGCCGCGCCCAGGCCCUACACGUCGACUGCCUCGACGCCCACGCCUCCCUCUCCCCGCCCACAGGGCCGUCAGAUAAGCGGGCGGCCUCCUGAGAUGGGCCCCGCCUCUCCGCCCUCGAGUCCGGAGCUGCGUCGGGCGUGGAACGUGGUGGGCGUCCCGGUGGUGCCGCCGGCGGGGUCGUCGGCGCGCAGUCCGGCCCCGAGCCCCGUGCCGCGCCCGCCGCCGGCCGCCGACCCCGACUCCAUCUACGACAACCUGGUGGUGCGGCAGCCACCGCUCAGCGCGCCCACCUCGCGCUCUCCGCCGACGGCCAGCAUCCCGCCCACCGCGCAGCGGAUGGGCGCGGCCGCGGGGCUUCGCCAGGGGCCGCCCGCCACGCCGCCGCCGCGCAAGGUCUCGCAGUCGCCGAUCGUCGGGAAGCCCCCCUCGCCGCCCAUGCAGCGCCGGGGGGCGUCCCGGUCGCCCACGCCGCCUCCCGCGUGGGCGCAGCAGGGCAUUCCCCCGAGGGCGCAGUACGUGCCCUACUGCCCGCCCCCGGACGCCCACUGCGGCGGGUGCUGGGUGCCUGUCUGGGGAUCGUCCCCGCAGCUGUACCAGCCCCCGGGCUCGACACCCGUGUAUCCCGCCUACGUGUACCACGGGCCGCCCGCGGGCGUCGUUUGUGAGGCUCGAAGCCGCAGUUGCGAGCGCCUCCCCGCCCGCCCGUCUCCGCCGUCGUCCCCGCGCAGUGGGCGGCGGUCGGCGUCUCCGUGGCGUGGGGGCUCGCCCUUGCCCGCCGGCGCCCGCCACUCUCCCUCCCCCGACCCCGUCAGUGGGCGGCCGCCGAGGCCAAGGCGUCCGCCCAUGAGGAAGUCCAAGACUGUGGAGGUGGGUUGCCUGGGCGUGGGUCUCCAUCAGGCGUCGUCCACGCCCAUGGGAGGACCAAGUGAGCCCACACCCCUGCCGGCGCACUCGAUUACAUACCUGCAAGGGCCGCCCGCGCCCGGCGUGCCCUCGAACCACGUGUACAUCCACGCCCUAAACCACCAGGGUGCUCCUCUAUACCGCAGCUGCAGCCAGGCGAGGCAGCAGCACAUCCCCAGCUUCGACACCAUCCACGAGCAACUGGGCAAAGUGGCGAAUGGGUUCCAUGACCCCGGGGCGUCCAGAGCGACUGACGUGAGCGCCGGAGGCUCUGGGCCGGGGGCAGCACGCGCGCCCUCCCCCGCGGUCUCGUCCAGUAAUUCCUCGAGCCUGUCCGUAGUCUCGCCAGGAGUGACCAGGCUGGAACAGUCAGAGAUCUCAAAGCCAAAGGUAACGUACAAGUCCUCACUCUACAAGUGCAUGAAAAAUCUCUUGAAGCCGAUACAGUAGUCGCCCCUGUAUCUUGCAUGAAUCAACGUUUUCUGUAAGACGUGCCAGCACAUUAGAAAACGCACAGUUAGGGGAAACAAAAAUAAAAUGAAAUUGAAUGAAAAACCCGGACGAAAUAUGAUAAAAAAUCAUUCUCACGAACUUACUUCCGAUCUAUGCAAAGGAUCAUUUACUUUUGACAAUAUUACCAAAACCACUAUCGAAUUAUAGUCGUUAUUACGGGAGUCGGUCCUCCCUAAAGCACGUGACGUAAACAAUAUGGUUAUACUCAAGACCCACUAUGUGUCCAGAAGUAGAAGAGAAGAAUGUUUGUGACACGAGAAGAAAAGAGAAUAGAUACGAAGAAAACAGGUAAGGAACUGGCUUGUUAAUUCACAUGUUCCAGCAACUAGUAAUAUCUGCAUGCCCCCACUUAGAAACGCAGAUGUUUUCUAAUGUAUUUCCUGAUCCCGUUUCUUCUGCUCGCAGCUGUUUCCCUUACUCACGACCCUCCUACUUUGAUCUUCCAGUGUUCGUACUACUUCUGCUCUCCCCCCCACCCCCCAGACCCUCCUCCUUGGCCCUGCUAACUGGUCAGGGCCGCCUGGGGGGAGGGGUGGGGGAGGGAAGCCUUGACACGUUUUCUGUCAAUCAGGUCCUUGUGUCAUAGGCUUGGAGACCUGUUUUUACUUAUUCAUUUAUUUUGUUAUUUUUAUCUAUUUAUUUUUAUUUAUUUAUUUAUUUUUUAUUUUAUUUAUUUAUAUAUAUAUUUUUUUAAGGUUUUAAAAAAGUUCGAAGGUUUAACCCCUCUGUUUUUAAAUGUUUUAUAGAGAGGGCUUAUAUCCUGUCUAAUGCCAAUAUUUAUAAAGAUUUCGUAAAUGUUGUUAUAAACUGUGGAGUUGUAAUGUAUGUUGCUAGGUGUUUGUUUAUUUAUAUGUUCCUACCUUUUAGGAGAAAAAAGAAAUUAAAAGCUCAGUUCGAAAUAGAUACAAAAGUGAUGAAACCCGUUAGUAAGGUUAGAUAAAACUGUAUUCUCGUCCAGCUAAUCGUACCAAGAACAUGUGGAUUACUCCCGCACACCAAGCAUACUCGCCUGGGCUAUUAAUACCUCUUUUCUUUCCCUUUUAAAAUCUUCUUAAGAGGACAGCUUGAGCCUCUUCAUCUUCCACGUCAUCGAGUUCAAGAGAGAGAGCUUUCCUGAUCUUGCCUCUGGUGGAGAGUGGCGUUUAAUUAGGCCUAAACUAACCGUAUGACUA